UGCUUCUGUUUGAUUUUCAUCUAAUCCUACUCAGGUUCGGUACAAGAUAUCAUCUGUUCAAACUAGAAUCCAAACUUCAUUUUCUUAUCAAGGAAACAUUUGGAAAGAUAACAUCAAAAGAAAACAAAACAUGUUUCAAGAUGCUGGUGCUUCCUUUAAAACAUUGACAUUAGAACAUAGGCCAUAGUAUAGUGAAAGGCCAAAUGUAAACACUGCAAAGGAAGGGCACGAAACCUGCCAUCAAGAGAAGUGUUUACAGGCUUUAGAAGGUGGAUUGAGAGAAGAACAAGAAAAGAGUCUUUUUGAAAAGUGGAUCUAAAUCAACUAAUGGAGAACUGCACAUCGCCAAUCCUUGAUGCCAUUCCUCUUGACACAGGUUUACUUCACGAAGCUGCAAACAUUUGCAGAGAAGCGGUUAAUAUAACCGUGAACAGCUCUGGAGGAGUCGCCGCUGCAGACAAUGUUGACACCACAACGCUCUCAGUCUUCCUCGGACUCAUCGCGCUAAUUAUCCUCGUCGCCAAUUCAUUUGUCAUUUAUCUUUUCAUACGGACACGCUCUUUACGAACCAUCACUAACGCAUGCCUUGUCUCUCUAGCCGUCUCGGACCUGCUAGCAGGGCUUGUAGCUAUACCGAUGAUCAUACUGAGUUUUGUUUUACAAUCUCCUGUUAUUCGCAUAGUAAUGGACUUGGCGUCCCGAUUCAUCGCUAUCUCUACCGUUCUCCAUCUACUAGUGGUGUCACUGGAGCGCUACGUCAUGAUCGUAUUCCCCAUGAAGUACCACGCACUAGUCACUCCUCCACGCGUCUGCGCUGUCGUAACGAUCGUAUGGGUCUUUUCGCUGUUCGUAGACCUCAUACAGAUCGUGUGGAUCGUCGAUAGUGAGCCUGUGACGCUAGCGGAUGUGGUGUACAGCUUCUCGUCGUUUUUCGGGAUCGUAGUUCCCGCGCUGUGUGCGAUGGCUGUUGCGUAUGUGCAUAUUUUCAUCGUGCUGCGGAAACAGAUCCAACAAAUCAAAAAACUUCACGUGAUUAUGGUGUGUAUGACUGAUGAUGCCGAGAAGUCACCGAGUGGUCGCCGCAAAAGCACCCGCAGUGAAGGCCGUGCAAUCAUGAUCUUUGCUUCCAUGAUAGCGGCGUUCAUCUUCGGCUGGCUUCCUUACUUUAUCAUUGGCAUGUUACAAGAUCUACAGAUCAACGUUUACGCCGUCCUACCAACCACUGUGAUUAUCCUGACCCUGUUUCUGAGAUUUCUCUCAUCGCUUGCAAACCCUCUUCUCUAUACCUUCUUCAAGACAGAUUUCCAGUUGGCCCUGAAGAAAAGAAAUGAGCGAAUCCGGCGCAUUGCCAGAGAGUCGUUAAAGUUAAGUCAGGUCUAGAAAGAACGGGAAAAACCGUUAAAGUUUUAUGUUACGGACGUCCAGUUUCCCCUCAUCCGGCGCAUUGCCAGAUUGCGCCUUAGUGUUAUUAUCUGUGAGCGCAAGAUCUUGGCAGGUGAAGCUAGCCAGGUUGACGUCGAUUUGUCAGCAAGUUAAACCAGCCGAGCGUGUCAAACUAGCGAGCCAUUAUUCUACCUGCGGUUGACGGUAGAAUGUGCGGGGGCAGGUAUUAUGUGCGGGUGCGGUUAGAAAAGUACGGGUGUGGGUAUGAUGUGCGGGUAGAAUCUGUGGGUCUGGAUAUGUGCGGGUGCUGGUAGAAUUUGCGGGUGCGAAAAGAACGUGCGGGUUUGGGUAGAAAGUGCGGGUAAAAUGUGCGGGUAGAAUGUGUGUGUGUGUGAGUAGAAAGGUUCGGGUGCGGAUAGAAGUGCGGGUGCAGGGAGAAUACGAGGGUGCGUGUAGAAUGUACGGGUGCAGUAAGAAUGUGCGGGUUUGGGUAGAAAGUGCGGGUAGAAUGUGCUGGAAGAAGUCCACGAAAAGAAUGUAUACCUCAAAGAUUUAUGCAUUAAAUAUCUUAUGCAGCGUACUAUAUCAAUCCAGAGAAUUUUGUGCAGCGUUCUAUGAUUGAGAAAUGUGUAGUAGUGCAAUAAACAAAGAUAAGACAAA